AUGGAUCCAGAAUGGAAAGAUCUAAAAAAGAAACUCUUCAACGGAACACUCCUGGCCGUUAGUUUUGGCUUUGUCAUUUUUACCGUGCUUAACAUUGAUCACGGUAUGACUCGAGGAUGGACGCAGAGUGAAAUCGCCAUGCGUAUCCCUCUCGACAACUGGGCCAACUACGAAUCGAGCCUGGAAGAAAAACCUAUCUUCACAAAAACGCUUAUUAAUGUUGUCAUAUACCUGCUCGGUGACUGGCUGUCCCAGACACUUUUUCAAAAGAAGAAUGUUCUCGACUUUGAUGCCUCACGAACACUCCGGAACGGCUUUAUCGGUCUCUGCUUCGGACCGCUCGUACAUGAAUACUACCAAUUCAGUGAUCACAUUCUUCCCGUCGAGGGUGGUAUCUGGAACCGUGUGGAAAAGAUCCUUAUGGAUCAAACCAUUUAUUUGACCGUCAAGUGUUCCGUAUAUAUCUCGGCUGUAGGGCUUCUGCAAGGUGACGAUUGGAGCACGGUCAAACAGACGGUCAAGCAUAGGAUUGGUGGCAUUGUCUUUACCGCGUGGAAAUUCUGGCCGCUCGUACAUUGUAUUACCUACAGUGUCAUUCCAGCACAACACCGUAUUCUGUGGGUCAAUUCGGUUGAUUUGAUUUGGAAUGCGAUUUUGGCGUCAAUGUCACAAAAAGAA